AUGCGUGUUUCUUCCGCCACUGCCCUCGCGGCCCUCGUCCUUGCCGCCAACGCCGCCCCGGCCGAGCUGCCCACCCACAAGACCUCCAAGGCCGGCGUCGUCGAGCUCACCGGCAGCCGCGUCCAGGAGCGCUCGCCCUUCGACUGGGCUGAUGUUGCCAAGCCUUUCCAAAAAGUGGGAGAUUUCCUGACCGGCAAGACGGAUGAGAGCUCCAACGAGAAGCGCUCUCCCAUCGACUGGGACGAUGUGAAACGUCCUUUCGAGUCUGUUGGAGAUGCGAUUACCGGCAACACCGAGAAGAACGAGAAGAGGGAAGCCGCUCCCUUUGAGUGGUCAGAUAUGGCUACUCCGUUCGUUAAGGCUGGGGAUUUUGUCACUGGCAACACCAAGGACGACAACUAA